UAAGCACAUUGUGGGGGCUACUGCAUUGACUUCUGUGGCCUCCUAAUUACUAAUUAUCAUAGUGCUAAACAGAACAGGCAACGAAUCCUGAUAAUUUUGCUCUUUUAUCUCUACAUAUUAUGGUUUUGAAUUUUUGCAGUGAAUUAAAAAAACGUGCAAUGAGUACGAAACAGACAAAUGAAAUAAAACAAAAGACAUAAUAGCUCGAAUAGUAGUAUACUUGGUUAAAAUUUCAGCUUUUUUUUACAAAAAUAACAUGACUUAAUAUCAUGUAAUUCCCAUUUAUAGGUCAACAAUCAUGCAUGUAUAGACUUUUACCAGAUGUGAAUCUAACCAUUAUAAAUUCAAAUGUUUUAUAAGGAUUAUUCUAUGUUUCCAUGAGGAAAACUGUUUAAAGAUGCUUGUUGUUGUGCAAAUAACUUUAUCUAUGUGAAUCAUUUAAAGCCGAAAAACUAUAUUGCACUAGAAUAGAAAGAUAAAAUGACACAUAAUAUUGUUUGGAAAGCUUUGGAACUACAGAUACUGAGGAUUGUUCUAUGUGAAUCAUUUAAAGCUGUUGUCUAAAUAUUCAGAUAAAUGAUAACUAAUACAAGAUGCUGAGGACCGAGGAAAAUAAUCUAAAUAACUGAUACAAGAUAUUUUAUUUUAAUUUCGAGUUGUUAUUCUUGCAUAUGGUCUAUAAGGACUAUCCACAACUAUCAAUUAAUCAGAUACAGAUGUGGAUUUUUGCUCUUUGAUUUCUGUUUCCAGUAUAAUUAGCUCUAAAGAAAAGUCUUAUUUUUUUCAUUUGAUUAGUGACCCGCCAGACCCUAAAUAAAAAGCCUUUGAGCCAAAAUUUACUUAAAAUAGAACACAGUUGUUCUUGCAUAAUCUUGAGAUAACCAAACGCAUUAUUUUUGGAAACAAAGGAUAUAUAUGUAUAUGCCACGUCUUGUUAAUGGGCAUAUCAUGAUAUUGUGUAUACAUUCAAAAGGACAGUACCUAAUUUCUUAUUGAGUUAUUGGAUAAAACAAACAAACAACAAUAAACAGAAAAAAUAGGUAGCCAUAAUUAAUAAUUAUGCGCGUACCUAAAACGCAUUGAUGCCAUAAAAGAACAAAGAAUCAUUGCCUGAGAAAUAAUGAAAAAAAAAAAAAGUCUUCAUUGACACACUGAAACCUCUAUCCAAAUAUGAUGAAUUAGAACGUAACUUUUAAGCCAACUUAGUAAUAGUAGCUUUGUGUAGCGACACUGGAGAUUCAAACAGAAAACCAAUGGUUCGAUCAGUCUUGUCCCGAAAAGCUCAUGUUUUUUGGCACCUACACAGGUACAAGGUAAUUGAGAUGUCAUGCAAUGUGACUUUUAUAAAAUUCGUAAAAAUUAAAAUGCAGGAAAACUUAAAAACUUUCAAGCACACGCACGCAUAUGUAGUGCAAGGUGGGGCCAAACAGUUUUUUUUUUUCAAAUUUGGAUGGUGGAGAUGUACUCGAAUCUGAAGUUUCAAACUUCUAUGUUUGUCAGAUUCCAAAUAAACAACCAGUCAUUAUAAUGAUAGCAUGCAACACGGUGGUGUAUUCGAUUUUAAUAUUUUCAAACGAAUAUGAUUUGAUAUGUUAUAUGUUUUGAUUUGUUAUAUGAUUUGAUAUGUUAUUUGAUAUUUUCAAACACGGUGGUCUAUGUUAGUUUGUCACAUAUGUGUCUUAGAUCAAAUAAACAAUAUGAUUUUUAUCAAAAGUCUCACAAACGUCAGGCUUUUGUAAAAAAAAAGGCAAAUCAUUUGUAACCCCUUUCACAGUCUUUUUAAACGUAAGUUUUUGAUAUAUUUGGAUUUUUGUGCUAAUUUUUAAAACACAAUGUAUCCAAACCCCGAGUGUGACACCAAUUUUAGCUAAAAAUAUUAAAAUGUACAGCAACUAAGAUUAUUUAUUGAUGAUAUUUUUUGAAAGAAGAACUAAACUAAUAACAAAAUUUGAAAAUCUAAGGCUUUGCAUAUAUGAGCAAAACUCUAGUCCAAUGUGGAUUCGGAUUUGAGAGUGAUUGACACAAAAUAGUAUUUGCUUUUGUUCCUUUCCAUGGGUUGAUGUAUAUAUUGGCUAUAUAUAUCUCGUCAUAAUAGGCCUGAUGUAUACUAAUAUUUUAUUCCAUGCAAAAUUCAUUUUGGCAUGACAAGAGUAAACAUGCAACUAAAUAGAUGUAAACCAGUAAUUUUAAAUUACUACAAAUUAUUUUCAGAUCUAGCUUCUAUACUUGACAUUUCCUCAUUGGCUUAAAAUUUCAAUAACUAGAUAAAUCCCCCUAAUAAUAGUGGUAUAAAUAUAAUUUAAAAUGUUAAAGAUUUUAGAAUAGGGCUACCCUUGACCUAAAUGGAAAAGUAAAAAGUGUCAAGUGGCCUGUGAGUAGGGCCAUGACCACGUGAUUUAGUUUCUUUCUUCAUUCUUCUUUCACAAUUCACACUAUUCAACCCAGAACCCUCUGUUUUCCUCUCUUAUUAUUGUCUUGAAAAUUAAAUAAAUAAAACCCCAAACCUAAACAAAACUUCACACUCUUUCUCUCAUUUUCUCUCUCUUUUAAAACACUAAUCACUAAAAUCUUGAUUCACUAUAUCCUCAAAACCAACUCUAAAUCAAACUCUCUCAAAGAAAACAAGCCAAAGCCCUACUUUGGAUGGAUUCAGGGUCACAACGACCGGGGCCUGUCAGCGAAGGCGAUCCGGGUCCGUCCAUCGUAACCCCCUCUUCACCGCCUGCGGCGCCUAGCAGGUACGAGUCACAGAAACGACGUGACUGGACCACGUUCUUGCAGUACCUCAAGAACCACAAGCCGCCUCUUGCCUUGUCACGGUGUAGCGGAGCACAUGCCAUCGAGUUUCUCAAGUACUUAGAUCAGUUCGGUAAAACCAAAGUCCACAUGGCGGCAUGUCCUUACUUCGGCCAUCAGCAACCUCCGUCUCCUUGCGCUUGUCCUCUCAAGCAAGCCUGGGGGUCUCUCGAUGCCCUGAUCGGACGGUUGAGAGCAGCUUAUGAGGAGAACGGUGGACGGCCCGAGUCGAACCCGUUUGCGGCACGUGCGGUGAGGAUUUACUUGAGGGAAGUCAGAGAAAGUCAAGGCAAGGCCCGUGGGAGACCCUACGAGAAAAAGAAACGGAAACGACCGACAACUGUUACCACCGUGAGAGUUGACGUUGCUCCGUCGAGACAAAGUGAAGGAGAUGGUUGUAACAUCGGUGAUCCGUCGUCUGGGGCCGAGGCUGUACCUCCUUAAUUAAGUUAUUAUUAUUGUCAUGAUAUAUUAAAUACAUUACAUAUGUCCGGAACUCACAUCACCUUCUUGAGUUAACUAUUGAAAAUAUAUUUUUUGUUCUAGUUCAGUUGAUCUUUGAUGAA